UGACAGCAGUGGGAAGGUUUUCCUGGGAUGUCAUCCCACUGGCUAUAGAUAGCAACCCCAAAGCUCCUUAGAGAGAAACCUCUUACCAGUCACUUUCCACAAAUGGUACAUACACCGAAAGGUACUUAAUGAAAAUCCUUGAGAGGUAUUUAAUGCUAAAGCAGCUAGUCUCCUCAGUGUCUCUCUGAAGCCCACACAAACACACGCAGGCCGGGAGAGGUGCAAAACAGCCCCAGGACCAGUGAGUGACUUUGCCCCAGCCAGGCUUUGCCACCCCAAGAGCUCACCAAGAUGUGUGACAUGGGGGGUUUGGACAACCUGAUUGCCAACACAGCAUACCUGCAGGCCAGGAAGAGCACAGAAGGGGACACCAGAGAGAUGCAGAGGAGGCGCAAGAGCCUCUCGCUGCCCAAGCCUGAGCAGUGCACAGAGGUCAGGCAGGCCCUCCCGGCUGAGUAUGAGAGUAUCUGCGAGCAGCAGCCCAUUGGCAAAAGGUUCUUUAAGGAGUUCUUAGAGACCGUGCCUGAAUACCUGGUGGCCAGGGACUUCCUGGAUGAGGUGUCCAACUGGGAGCUGGCAGAGGACAAUGCCAAGAGUAGCAUCAUGCAGAGCUUGGUCACCAACUUCCUGAAGUCUGGCUCCAAGGGCUACCUAGCGUUCAUGAGCUCAGACCUGGCCAGCAAGUGCCAGGCUGCCACUGAGAAGGACUAUGAGAGUAUCUUGCAGCUGGCCAAGGAGGAGACCAAGGCUUUCCUCCAGGAGAAACCCUUCCAGGACUUCCAGAGAACCCCCUUCUAUGACAAGUUCCUGCAGUGGAAAGUCUUUGAGAGGCAGCCAGUAAAUGAGAAGUACUUCUACGAGUUUCGGGUGCUGGGCAAAGGUGGCUUUGGAGAGGUUUGUGCCAUUCAGGUGAAAAAUACUGGCAAGAUGUAUGCCUGCAAGAAACUGGAUAAGAAGAGGCUGAAGAAGAAAGGUGGGGAGAAGAUGGCUCUGCUGGAGAAGCAGAUCCUAGAGAAAGUUAACUGUCCUUUCAUAGUCACCCUGGCAUAUGCCUAUGAGAGCAAGAGCCAUCUGUGUCUUGUUAUGAGCCUCAUGAAUGGAGGGGAUCUUAAAUACCAUAUCUACAAUGUGGGAGAGAGGGGCUUGGAAAUGAACAGGAUCAUCUUCUAUUCAGCUCAGAUCACCUGUGGGAUUCUGCAUCUCCACUCCAUCAGAAUCCUGUACAGGGACAUGAAGCCAGAAAAUGUUCUCCUGGAUGAUAAUGGCAACUGCAGAUUGUCUGAUUUGGGCUUGGCAGUGCAAGUCAAAGAGGGGAAAACCAUCACCCAGAGGGCUGGGACUAAUGGUUAUAUGGCUCCUGAAAUCCUGAAGGAAGAGAAUUACUCCUACCCUGUGGACUGGUUUGCUAUGGGAUGUAGUAUUUAUGAGAUGGUUGCGGGUCGAACUCCAUUCAAGGAUUUCAAAGAAAAGGUCAGUAAGGAUGAAGUGAAAAAAAGAACCUUGGAAGAUGAGGUGAAAUUUGAGCAUGCCAACUUCACGGCGGAAACAAAAGAUAUUUGCAGGCUGUUCUUGGCUAAGAAAUCAGAGGACCGUUUAGGAAGCAGGUAUGGAUUAUUUCCCAUGUUUAAAAAACAUGCUUUCUUCAAAACAAUUAACUUCCACAGGCUGGAGGCAGGCCUCAUAGACCCCCCUUUUGUGCCAGAUCCAUCAGUUGUCUAUGCCAAAGAUGUCGCAGACAUUGCUGACUUCUCUGAAAUCCGGGGGAUUGAGUUUGAUGACAAAGAUAAGCAAUUCUUCAAGAAAUUUGCGACAGGUGCUGUCCCUAUACCAUGGCAGGAAGAAAUUAUUGAAACAGGACUGUUCGAAGAACUGAAUGAUCCUAACAGAAUAGCUACUGGGGAAUGUGCAAACGGAGGUGAAGCCAAGUCAGGAGUUUGUUUGUUGUUGUAAAUAUCACAGAUUUUAACAAAUAUUAACAAAAAGAGUGAAAAUGCACCACAGAACUUUCCAAAUUCUAACAAUGUUUCAAAAACUCAGCUAAGCUGUUUAACGAGAACCGAUCAACCUAAAAUAUGACAUCAACAGGACAAGUAGGAGCACAAGCUGAAUGGACAUUCUACUACUUUGUUCUCGCAACAGAGAUAAUCUGUUUAUUGUGCUGGAAGCUAUCAAGAUGAAGAAUCAGGUUUAUUUUAGGAAACAUAGAAGGAUAGCACUCCAUCACUCUGUGUAUGUGAAAUAUGAAAACAAUAACAGGGUGAGGAGGCACUUGUUCUGAAAAUGAAUGAGUCUUCCAUUAUAAUACACUCAUUUCCUUUCUUGAUCUCUCUCUCUCUCUCUCCUUUUCUUAAAUCAAAUGUUUCCCUUUGUUCUAUAGUUUUCAAUAAAGGCUUUUAAAUGA